UCCAUGCCUAGCCUAAGUGAUUUCAUCAAAGUCAAAUCCAAAGUCCUUAAACUGCUACUCAAGUUCUUGCACAAGGGAAGAUGGCCUUUAUGAUUAAUAUAGUAGGCUAUAAUAGUGUAGGUUGAGUAAUAAUAAGAGCACAUAACUAUAAGCCUCCAGUCUAAGUCAAAGUAUGAAAUUUGGCUCAAGUCAGAACUAAGUCCCAGUUCAAGUAUAUCACAGACAAUGGGAUGAAAUCUCAUUCUUCCACGUCCAAAUUGCAACAUUCGACACAUUUGAUUCCGGAGCACAAUUGAGCUACAAAACAAAGAGAGGCACAAAAUACACAUGAGGCAUGCUGUUCAAUGAUGGUGUGGUGCGAUGCAACCCAGUGCAAACGUUCCUAAGUGCUGUAUUCUUUUUAUACCACAGCAAUUUCCAAAUACUAACAAAAACAUGUGCUUGCUAUCCAUUUAUAGUUACAUUUAGUGUUAUAUAAUAUGUUAUAAGAACGAUCAGCAGGUUUUCCCUUACCAGGGCUCACUUUUUUCUCUCUUGAAGUUAAUGAGACAAAAAUAAUGCAGCUUGUGAUGUUACCAAGAAACUGCAAAGCCCUCCAUUAUAAUACAUUGGCACAUAGUAACUACACAGAAAAGAAAUAGCUUGAUGAAUUGAGCACAGUAGCAAUGGAACUUUUCUUUUAUUUCUGUACAAUUCCCCCUGUUGUAAAGUUCAAUGUUCUUCUGGCUGGAAACAGAGUGUAUCAUUCAGGCUACCAGCUCCAGGCGGAGGGAGAUUCUCUAGAGCUGAUUGGGAGGGGGAGGUUGUGAGAUUGCAUCCUAAUCCUCUGGUCUGUCCCAUCUGUUAAACUGACAGGGUUUGCAUUCGAAAAUUCCUUAUCCUGGAAUUAUUUGUCCAUUUUUUAAGGAAACAGCUUUGUAUCAAAAAGAAAUGAUCAUUCUGCUUUCAACGAGAAAUAGUUAAUUGUCACAAUAGACUCUGAGGCCUAUGGUGCAACCGCAGAUCCCAGCAGCAAACCCAUAAAUAGGAUAUUGUCAUCACUGGAAUAGUGAUUCUGAGAUCUAAACAAAGUGCCUUCUGAGGAUUAUGCUAAUAUAGCCAGCUGUGAUUUGGAGGAUACUAAGGCAAUUCCAAAACGUGGUCACAAUGGACAGUCAUUACCAAAACAACAUGCAAGACAACGAAGGAGAAAGCCAGUAUACCUACAGAGAGGAAGGUGAGGAUGGAUACCCCUACGGACACAACUAUCCUGCGCAGGAGGAAGAUGCAGCCAGUGAUGCCACUGAAGGACACGAUGAGGAUGAACAGAUGUAUGAAGGGGAAUAUCAGGGCAUUCCGCACCCAGAUGAAAUCAAAGAGGCACGCCGAGCUGCUCAUCGGGAGGCCAGGUUGAAAGCCAAGUUGGCCACUUUGGAAGAUGAGGAGACGUUGGCUGAGCAGUACGAGACCAUCAUGGAAGACUGUGGCCAUGGGCGCUUCCAGUGGACCCUCUUCACCGUGCUGGGCCUGGCGCUCAUGGCUGAUGGUGUGGAGUGUUUUGUAGUGGCCUUCGCUUUGCCCAGUGCAGAGAAGGACAUGUGCCUGUCCAACGCCAACAAGGGCACGUUGGGACUGAUUGUGUAUGUGGGGAUGAUGCUGGGAGCUGUAGUGUGGGGUGGUCUGGCUGAUAAACUGGGACGCCGUCAAUGUCUCCUCAACGCUCUGGCCAUCAACUGCAUCUUCUCUUUCAUCUCCUCCUUCUCCCAGGGCUAUGGCUUCUUCCUCUUCUGCAGACUCUGCUCCGGAAUUGGAAUAGGUGGCUCUAUCCCCAUUGUGUACACGUACUUUGCUGAGUUCCUGCAGAUGGAUAAACGGGGUGAGCACCUGAGCUGGCUGUGUCUGUUCUGGAUGCUGGGAGGCCUGUACGCUUCCUUCAGCGCCUGGGGAAUCAUCCCUCAUUAUGGUUGGGGUUUCAGUAUGGGCACUGAGUUCCAGUUCCACAGCUGGAGAGUGUUUGUGUUGGUGUGUUUCCUGCCUGCGGUGGUUGCUCUCGCUGGACUUGUAUUUAUGCCCGAGAGCCCACGCUACCUCCUCGAGAAUUCAAGGAAUGACGAGGCCUGGAUGAUCCUGAGACGUGUCCAUGACACCAACUGGAGGGCGAAAGGUGAACCAGAGAGAGUGUUUCAGGUUUCCGAGUUUAAAACUUCUCAAACUCAGGAGGAUGAUUUCAUUGAGAUCCAGAGCGAGACUGGAACGGCUUUCCAGAGAUUCAUGGUCAGACAGAUGACUCUGGUCAAGCAGGUGAUGAAGAACUUGAUGUCACUCGCAGCUCCUAAACUGAGACUCCAUGGAUUGUUCAUCGCCAUUGUCUGGUUUACGAUGGCAUUUGGAUAUUACGGCCUUUCAGUCUGGUUUCCUGACCAGAUAAAACACCUGCAGUAUGAAGAGUACGAGUCUAAGACCAAGAUAUUUAACAAGGAUAAGAUUGAACACUUUCACUUCAACUUUUCUUUGAAAAACCAGAUUCACACAGAGGGCCAUUAUAUCCGUGACUGGUUUGUCGGAAUAGAGAUGAGAAACGUGAGGUUUAAAGAGACCGUCUUUGAACACUGUUACUUCGAGGACAUCAAGUCAACAGACACCUUGUUUGAGAACUGCACCAUCAUCAACACUCUUUUCUACAACACGGAUUUAUGGCCUGAUUCUAAGUUCAUCGACUGCAACUUCAUCAAUGUCACAUUUUCUCAUCCUAAACGCGGCUGCCAUCUUAACUUCCAGGAGGAAAACGACAUCUUGAUUUAUUUAGUCAGUUUUCUGGGCAGCUUGUCUGUGCUCCCAGGCAACAUCAUCGCAGGCUUCCUGAUGGAUAAGAUAGGACGAAUUAAAAUUAUAGGUAUCUCCAUGCUGGUGUCCUCUGGCUGUACUUUCUUCCUCUUCUUCUGCUUCAGUCCUGGUGCUGUGGUCAGCUUCCAGUGUCUGUUCUACGCAGCAUCUGCAGCCGCUUGGAACGGAAUUGAAGUUAUAACAGUCGAGCUUUAUCCAGCCUCUAAAAGAGCAACUGCUUUUGGUGUGCUGAAUGGCCUGUGCAAGUUGGCAGCCAUCAUUAGCACCUUCAUCUUCUCCAAGUUUGUUGGAAUCACCAAGAUUGUCCCCACCUUACUGUCCUUCUCUGCCAUGGCGUGUGGAGGCCUGCUCGCGUUCAAGCUUCCUGAGACACGUGAAGUCAUUCUACAGUAAUCAACAAAACCCAGCUAACAUACAAAAAGCCAAACUUCAGAAAUAUUAAGGCCUCGUAGCAGUGCAUGGUCCAGCUGGAAACUGGACUGUCUCACUCUGAGACUGGUGGAAAAGUGAUUUGAUUGUGUACAUGUUAAAAUGAUGUUUACCUUAAUUAGCUUACAUUUAUACUAUAUGGCCAAAUGUUUGUGGACACCUGAACAUCACAGCCAUAUGUGGUUCUUCCCCUAAUUGUUGUCACAAAUUUGGAAGCACACAAUUGCAUAGGAUGUGUUUGUAUGCUGUAACAUUAGGAUUUCCCUUUACUGGAACUAAAUGGCCCAAACGUGUUCCAUGACAAUGCCCCAGUGCAUAAAGCGAGAUCUAUGAAGACAUGGUUUGCCAAGGUUAUAGAGGAAAGACUCGAGUGGCCUGCACAGAGCCCUGACCUCAACCCCAUUGAACACCUUUGAAAUGAACUGGAACACCAACUGCACCGCAGACCUCUUCACCCAACAUGUCUGACCUCACUAAUGCUCUUGUAGCUGAAUGAGCACAAAUCCCCACACGUUCCAAAAUCUAAUGGAAAGCCUUCCCAGAAGAUUGGAAAUUAUAAUAACAGAAAAGGGGAACUAAAAAUAAGCACAUAUGGUUGUGGUGGUCAGGUGUCCAGAAACUUUUGGCCAUAUAGUGUACAUUUUUUCAUUUGACAGACAGUUUAUUUAGAGAUUUAUAAGAAUCCACUCCAGGCACAGAGCUGAGCCGUUAAAGGUCUUGUUUAAUUAAGGGCACUACCCUGGCUCGGCCUGAGAAUUGAACUCGUAGCUUUCAGUCAGUAGCACAGGACCAAUGCACUGCUUUAUUAGUUUUAAAAACCAGGGGUGCUUUUCCAAAAACAAUGAAUCUUAGAGAAUAACAAACACCAUGACGAAGGACAUAUGUUUAUGUAAGAGAAUGCAAGUCUGCAAGUGAGCAGCACAAGCAUAUAGACCUAAUUAUUUACAUUAAGGUGAAGAGUGAAUUAAAAAACAAGCUGAAAGUACACUACUACUAAUACUACUACCACUACUACUACCACUACUACUACCACUACUACUACCGCUACUACUACCACUACUACUACCACUACUACUAUUACUACUACUACCACUACUACCACUACUACUACUACCACUACUACUACCACUACUACUAUCACUACUACUACUACCACUACUACUACUACUACUACCACUAAUAAUAAUAAUAAUAAUAAUGCAUUAAUGAGUGAUUUUUUUGUAUUAAAAUUAGCAGCCUCUGCCUAGACCUGAAUGCAAGAUCCAAAUAAUGAAGUACGUUGUGUAUAACGAAUGGGUCAGAUUACUCGUUGUAAACAAAGUGCUUGGCAUUACAAAUGUUUCUGGAAACGCAUCCAAGAUGGUCCCUUUGACAAUCAUUUACUGUCUGUUCCUUCCUCAGAAGACAGAACAGUGUGUGUGUGUGUGUGUGUGUGUGUGUGUGUGUGUGUGUGUGUGUGAGAGAGAGAGAGUUUUGUAAUAUUUAUAGAAAGCAUAUAUCUUUAGAGAUUCUACGUUUCUCUGUUCUGUGGGUGUUUUUGGACCUGUUGAUUAGAUUACAUCCGAUUUUUUUUUUUGCCGUAGUUUAUAUUUGCGUAUAUGUUGUGAUCAAAUGAAUUUCUAUCUUACUGUGUAUCUGCUUCUUCUUAUUUGAAUAUUUAAAAAAAAAAAAAAAAAAAAAAAAAAAAAAAAAAAAAUUAGGUUAUAGUAUGAAGGCAGUAAUUUCAUAAUGUAUGUAUGAUUGAUACACAAAACAUCUGUUCCACUGCACAUUUUAAACCCAAAAACAACAACAACAACGUUUAUUUUCCAUUAAUGUGGAGGACUGGACUGGUUAUUGUGCCAAGAGUUAAAGUGUAAAAGUGAAUGCAUCAUAGCUUUAGUACACAACACCUGACAACUGACACAAACGUUCAUGCAUGUAUAUAAUGCUUUUCCUUUCAACUAUAACAUAAUUUCCAUAGAAUUUUAUAUAAAAAAAUAGAAUGACAUAUACUUUAUUUUACAGUAUACUUACACAAUACACAGUACUACACACUACAUAAGUUAUACCUUGUCUUUGUAAUACAAUCCUUUCUUCAUGCCUUUAUAUUACAAACAUUUCACAUUACAUUACAGUAGACCCAUUUCAUAACCUAGUAAUUGCUCCUAAUGUGUAACAAGCACCCUCAGGAAUACUCUCAGCACCAAUAUACAGCAUUUCCUAUAUCAUUAUCCACAUAUAAUUCUUUGUAUUCACUCCAAUCGGUCAAUGUGACUGACUUUUAUGGUUUUAUAAUAAACAUGUGAUGGAUAUUAAAGCUGAAUUACAGCAGAUCUGGACAAAAGGAUGUAUUUAGGUGUCAUGAACAAAAAAACAUCAUUGAUCAUUUGUAUCCACAGAAACAUGUUAAUGCAUUAUACACUAUACACAGGUACAACAGUUUAUGGGUGUGAGCGCAGUGAAAUUGGUCAUAUGAACAAAACAGCUUAAUUUACUGUUUUUAUAUUUCAUGUUUAAAAAUAUAUCUAAACAGACUACUACUUUAUGUUUUUCAGAUAUAAAAAAAAUAAAGAGUUUGACUCUUA